AUGGCAAAUAUAUCAGUUCUGAUGGUGUGUCAUGGAAAUAUCUGCAGGUCAACUAUGGCACAGCAACUGUUGACUCAAAUGGUCUUAAGUGCCCCUGAGGGGUCUGCUGUUAAAAGAAUAACUAAAGUGGACAGCUGUGGAACUAGUCGCGAGGAAAUAGGGAACUCGCCCGAUCCUGGAACUCAGAAGGCACUGAAGAAUCACGGCUAUCCGCCUCUGGAGCAUACUGCGAGACAAUUUGAUACCAAAAGUGACAGUCAAUUUGACUACAUAUUUGUGAUGGACAACGCAAACAUGAGAAAUGUGCAGCGAUUUCUUGCGGGUACGGGAUCAAAAGCCAAAGUAGAGAUGCUCGGCAGUUACGAUCCCCAAGGUCAAAAGGUCAUCAGUGAUCCUUGGGCGGGAAGUGAAAAAGUGUUUGAAAACACUUAUCAACAUAUUCACAGAAGUCUGGAGAAUUUCCUAAAAACUGAAUUUUUAAAUUGA